GCUCGUGGAGCGCUCGAGCACCGGGGACACGACUAACUGGGCGGGGGCACUCGCGGACGCAGGAUAACAUUCACCCCGAAUUAGAGCAGAGCGCCGGCGGAAUGGGUUCCUUUGUGUGGGAAAUGUUCGGUGCUUUUCCUCCUUAUCCGACGGCCGCGGCGAGUGCUAGCCGGAGCGCCACCACGUGGCGUCCGGAGUGGCCGACAGACCCGGCCAUGUACUCGGUGGAGAACUUCGAGCCCAGGCCUCCUCCGGAACUGGUGUGCACCGUUUGCCUGGGCGUGUACCGCAACCCUGUCGAGUGCCCCUGCCGCCACGUCUUCUGCUCGGACUGCAUCAAUGGCUGGCUGGCGAGCAGUAACGGCUUCGGUGGCGCAAGUUGUCCCGUGUGUCGCCGAGGAAUUUCCGUAUUUCAGCUGGUGCCUGUGCUGCCACUCGUCAACAACAUGAUCGCGCGGCUCACCGUGCGCUGCCCGAACCGAGACGCAGGCUGCGCGGCAAAGGUGACCAUAGAGACUCUGAACAGCCACCUGAUGUCGUGCGAGUUCCGCAGAGCGCCAUGCCCAGACUGCGGCUCCCAGAUACGUGCUUCGGAGCUGACGGCCCACCGGCGCGAGUUCUGCUCCAAGCGCAUGGUUCGCUGCAGUCGCGACUGCGGCUUAAGCAUGAGUGCCGACCGACUUCCCACCCACAGCUGCGUGCAGGAGUUGCACAACCGCAUCAGUUCGCUCGAGCGCCAGAAUGACCACGCCCAGGUCAACUUGCAACGCCUGCAACACGAGGUCCAAAACCUCACUGCCAGGCUGGCGACGGGUACAGCGCAGGGGCACAUCGUGUAGAGGAAGCAUGUGGUGCUGAGUGAAUAUAAAAUUUAAUAAUCAAUUAGGGUCAAUUAGGGGUGCGAAACAUUACGCCUGAAAUCCCCCAAAAUUACGCCCGCGUGCAGCUUCCGCCAGGUUUGCCGUUUUGCUUGAAGACGUCGUAAACAAACUUUAAUUUCGUCACGUCUCCGCAGCCAACAGCCUCGUCUAUAUACGACACCGACGGAUCAUGCUGCGAGCCAUAUACUUCAAAAUUUCCAUGGUGCCAUGGUGCCAGUAAUUGCGUCGACGGAACCGGAUUCAUUCGGUUUACGGAGCCGCUUUCGACACCGAACACCAGUCUCCACAGUGGUCAGCCACCCUGUGGUGUGAAAUCGGCAUCAGAAGCAGCAAUGACGCCGAGUAAAUAUUAUGCUGCCCUUCGCAAGCCACCCGCGAAACCGCCCACAGUUAUACGGCGGCUUGCGCCCCACCCGUCUCUGAAAUGUUGACCCCAACUUCACCGCCGCCGAUAUCCACAUUCGUCUGCCGCAAUAAACACCACGCCUGGGGAAAUAAAAUUGUACAAAAUAACGGCUGUUUUGUGAAUACGUAUAGCCUAUGCCUGAACAUGCGCUUGUACGAA